GCCCAUUACAGGGAUCUGGGCGGUGACCGCAGCUUCGGCUCACCGAUUGCGGGCUCUACCGACCAAGGCUUCCCUCCGUCUAUUUCCUUCCAACGGACGAAGAGCCCUAGUCGACCGGUAACCAUGCUAGCUUCGGGCGUUCCGAUGGAGGAGGAAGAGCUCCAGAAGGCGGUGGUCGCGUACCUGAGGAAGAAGGGCUUCACCAAAACCGAGAUCGCCCUGCAGGAAGAGCAGCAGAACCGCCUCUCCUCUUCCUCCCACCCGGAUCUCCCCUUAUCCAGAUUAGAGAAUGAUCCGGCACGAUAUAGCGGUGGUUAUAGCAAGCUAAGAUCAUGGGCUUACAGUUCACUGGAUCUGUACAAGCAUGAACUACUCCGUGUGCUCUAUUCAGUGUACAUCCACUGCUUCAUGGAUCUUGUGGCAGAAGGUCAUAUGCGAGAUGCUCGGACUUUUUUCCAAACUUUCCGUGAAGAUCAUGAACUUAUGCAUUUGAGGGACUUGCAGAAAUUGGAAGGCAUUCUUUCUCCCUCACAUUUGGAGGAAAUGGAACUAGCUUGUUCUUUGCGGCAGAACAAAGUUAAAAUAAAAAUAUGUCAGUAUGCGUACGACCUCCUCCUUCAGUACCUUCAGAAGACACAGUCUCUUACCAUUCUUGGGAUAAUCAAUGAGCGUAUCAAUUUUGAAGUCUCCCCUGGACAGCCCAUCUCAAUUUCUGAUGACAUGGAGGUUGUAGCUCUAGUCGGAAGUAAUCAUGAUCUAGCUAAACAGAUAAAUCAGAAGGAAGUUCGUUGGGGGUUGCUUGAAGAUUCAGUUGAAGAUCGCCUGGAGAAGGCAAAUUCAGAUUCUGAAAAGGCUGAGGCUGAAAAUAAGGAGCUUGACCCAGAAGAUAACAAGAAGAGGUCUGUGGAUGGAGGAAAGCAAGCUGCUCCAGUGAAGAAGCCGAAAAAGGACAAGCUUGUAGGUGCAACGGGGAAAAAUGUUCGCUCGGAGACAAGCACUGCCCCUGUGGCCCCUCGAGUAAAACCAGAUCUAACUUUGCCUAUAAUGCCCAUGGAAGUAGAAAAAGCAAUUCUGGAGGAUCUACGUAAUCGUGUGCAAUUGAGUAGCUCAACGCUGCCAUCCAUAUGCUUCUAUACUUUCAUCAACGCACAUAAUGGAUUAAAUUGUUCAGCUAUAUCCCAAGAUGGGUCAUUGGUUGCUGGUGGAUUUUCUGAUUCAUCUCUGAAGGUGUGGGACAUGUCAAAGAUUGGCCAAUCAGCUAAACCUGGAGAAAAUGAUUCCAUUCCAAGUGAGCAUUUUUUGGGAACAGAGGGUGAAGGGUCCUACACGUUAUUUCAUGGUCACUCUGGUCCUAUAUAUUCAGCUACCUUUAGUCCUCUUGGAGAUUUUCUGUUGUCUUCCUCAUCAGAUUCCACCAUUCGAUUAUGGAGCACCAAUCUGAAUGCAAAUCUUGUCUGCUACAAAGGGCAUAAUUACCCUGUAUGGGACGUGCAAAGCAGCCUCUCUCUAGUACUAAAUCGGAUUCCAGUGGAGAGCGAACAUUCCUCUAUCGCUAGCCCAGUCGGCCACUAUUUUGCUAGUUCUUCACAUGAUCGGACUGCUAGGAUUUGGUCCAUGGACAGAAUCCAACCUCUAAGAAUAAUGGCUGGACAUCUUUCUGAUGUUGACUGUGUGCAAUGGCAUGUCAAUUGCAAUUAUGUUGCAACUGGUUCUAGUGACAAAACUGUCAGACUAUGGGAUGUACAAAGUGGGGAAUGUGUACGCAUUUUUAUUGGUCAUAGGAGCACAGUUUUGUCAUUGGCAAUGUCUCCUGAUGGGCGAUUUAUGGCUUCUGGUGAUGAAGACGGUACCAUCAUGAUGUGGGACCUCUCAAGUGGUCGUUGUAUUUCACCAUUGAUGGGGCACAGCUCGUGUGUCUGGACACUUGCUUUCAGUCGUGAAGGAUCACUGCUUGCUUCUGGUGCAGCUGAUUGUACAGUGAAAUUAUGGGAUGUCACUACCAGCAUGAAGGGACAAAAGAUAGAGGAGAGCAAACCUAGCAGCAUUAAUCGGCUGAGACUAUUGAAAGCUCUCCCUACCAAAUCCACACCUGUAUAUUCAUUGCAGUUUUCAAGGAGAAAUCUUUUGUUUUCUGCUGGAGCACUUUCAAAGUGCUAAUGGAAAUGCUGUUUGAGUUGCAUAUGACAUGGAUAUAGAAUCUGCACCGCUAGAAGUGGUGACUAUUUCUGAUGGGAGAAAGAAACUGGAGCAGCCCGCUAUCCAGCAGUGGAUGUCGAGCUUCAAGUUGUUGGCUGUUCUUGAAAAAUGUGGUACUGAUCGAUGCAAACAGCAUAUGUAGGUGAUGGGAGCGCUGCCAUUGUUUGUUUGCAACAUUCAGACAAGCUGAAUCUAAUAUGGACAGGAAUUUUUGUUGAAGCCUUGAAAUUGUUAACAGAUCAGGGUUCUUAAAAUUUGAUUUGUGUCCCUUAAAAUUGUUCAUGAAGCUGAGCCUUCACAUAUAUGAAUGCUAAUUUAGAUCUUUUCAAUCUUCGAGACUCUGUGAUAUCAAUGUAUGUGAAUUAAUUCUAAGGGUCUGAAGGUAUUUACUUGAUUUUUAAAUUUAAAAUUAUUCGUUAUA